CUCUCGGCUUCUUCCUCUUUCUCUCCCCUCCUCGCUGCAAGCCCCUCACACAUCUUCAAGCACUUGCACUUGUUCCCUUUGUGUAAAAAGCUACUCUGGACCAGCUUGGUACAUCCACGUGAUGACUUGGACAUCAUCUUCCAAAGAGGAAGACCUCUUGCUUUGUGAUCCUGAGUUUCUCCGACCUUUGGUAAGGUGCUUAUUUAUAUUAAUUUUUAGUAAGCUAAAAACAAUCUGAGAUUGUCUACAUUUAAUAACUCAUUAGUGGUUGGAAGUUUCUGUAGAACAUAUUUUGUUCCCUAGCUUUCAAACGAGAUGAUCACCCUCUUACAACACAGCUAGAUCGGAAGGCCUAACUGAGGAUAUAUAAAUUGCCCUCUUUAUGGAAUAUCCAGCGAUUCGGGAAAUAAGCGGAAUUAACAAAUAUCAUAGAGCAUAUUUAAAUGCUACAUGAUCUCUAUUUAUCUUUUAUACUAUAUUAAUCAGCCACAAUUUAUUUAUUAACCUUAACGUAAUUAUAUCCACCAUAACUUCGACCUGCGUACAAUAUAAACAACACUGUGAAGCAGCAUGUCACUAACUGUAUCACUGCCAUCGGUAUAACAAUGUUAUGUGAGAUUUUAACUUUAAAAUGUUAACAUACAUAGCAUAUAUUGCGCAAUGUUUUAGUGGCACCAUUAAGGUUAACUUGGAGCAAAUAUGCUUUUCUUUCAUUAUGAGGGCGGAUUGAAUUUAGAGUGCUUAUGAGAUGCAGCGAUAAGAAGCCAUUUUUUUAUAGGUAAGUAGAACAACAUAGGCAUUCACGUUACUUUUUUCCCACUGAAAUUUGGAAUGGUUUGGAAGCAGCUGACUUGUAUGUUGGAUAAACUGUAUUAAUUCAGUGUUUCGAAACAUGUUAUUUUAAAUUCCAUCAAUGUAUUGACUGUAAAAACGUGGAAGAAGACGGUGUAAAAUAGCCUUGCGCCAUCGUCGACGCUGGCUACUAAAUAUUUAUUUCAUACCACCAGAACGCAAUAAAAUCAAAAUGAUACCCAAAGUGGGUUGGGUUAGACUAGAAAAGGGUUGAGUUUCAGAAAUGCGUUCAUCGCAAUUUUUAGUUGUCAAUUCUAUGUCAAAAUAAUUGUAUUAGGAGAGCCAGUUAGUAUAUUCUAUUGUGUACAAUGUUUCAGGAACACGUCUUUUUGAAUUUAUUGAUAUGCUGAACUUACAGAAAUAUUGAUUAUACAUAUGCACCUUCUGGGGCCCCAAAAUAUUGCUUUUUAACCUUUCAAGAGCCAAAGAAAUGAGCAAUACCUUUUGUACUGAGUGGAGCUGCCUUGGCCUUGUUUAGUAACAAAAUCUUUCAUAUUUCACCCCUGCCUUGACUUUGAAUUGAUUUGAUUUGUUUAAUUAAAUUAACAUUUAAGCCUCAUUGUUGAUGGGGUAUCCCCUGUAUGUUUAUAUAUAUUUAUCUGGGCACAAUUUUUAUAAAUAUAAAUUGUUCAAGUAAGCCCUCGUCAUUUCUCGUUCCUAUACACAUAGCGUACUUGCUCAGAAACUACUGUUUUGUUUUCUUGUGCUUUAUAAUAAAAAUAGUAUUAAUAAAUGGCCACCAGUGAUUCUGAUGCAAGUUGUUACACAAAAGGAGUUACUUAUUUAAUUAACCAAAGAUUAGUAGUUAUUUUAUGCACAGUACAUAAGAUGGAGGUUUAACAUUCCAAUCUGUGUCUUCUCUGUUCUGUCAAUAUUAUACCAGAAUUCAAGCUGGUUUUUGGGUCGUUUGGACACUGGUAAAUGGAAAAGCACUCAAUAGUAGAGAACAGGACAUACAAUUGAUCUCCGUAAUUAUUUGCAUACAGAGAAAGUGUCACCACGUAAUAGGUGUGGUAGCUUUUUUUCCACAAAGGUCAGUGAUUCCGUAUGCAUUGACGAUUGACUGUCAUUGCCAAAAUAUUCCACUAUCAAUAAAUGUAGGCACAAAUAAUAAAUAAUUUGGGAUAUCAAAAUUAAGUUUACUGACAUUUUAUUCCAAAAAAGCAACACAAAAUAUUUUUUAAUCACUGUUAAAUUUUAAAAUAUAAAUUCUGUCAAAUAAACUGUACAAACCCUUGGAGAGAAUGAAUAGCAUUUUUUAAUGCAUUUUUUUUUCAUUGCCAAUAGCAAAUGUGACUCCUCUAGCAUAAAAAGUCACGCAAACUACAGUAAUUUCUGAACAAAUUCCGGCAACCCCUAAAAAAUAGUUUACUUUAAUAAAUAUUUAAAUGUCAUUUUUUUAUUGUAAACAUUUUGUUUGUUACUAAUGAGUUGUGAAGAAACAUCCUCUUUACAUUGUCCUCGCCACUUCCAAAAUAAUUUAGUCUUUACCCUUAAUUUUUAUUUUUUAUUUUUAUGUUUACCAAUCUUAUAGUGUCAGGCUAUAAUUUAUUCUAUACAGCAAUGAUUAGAAAAAUAUUUAAUUUUUUUUUUAAAGAACAAUGAUAACAGAAAAUAUAUAAUGCCAUUAUGUAUGUGACUAGCAAUGUAAAAAAACCAUAAUGAAAUAAUAUAUUGGAGGGCAUAAAAUAAGUUAUAUUUUGGGCAAAAUAAUAUUUCCAAUAAACGGUCAUCUCUGGCAUGUCCUUUGAGAAGAAGUUGGAUACAAACUCAGUUAAGGUAUUGUAAGAUUUUGAGGUAGGUACUGGGUCAAACUAAAGAAUAUACUGCUAUGAUUUUUUUUUUGGUAUACUGAUGAGUACAUCAGUAUCGAUUUAAUGUGUGCAAUACAAUUUUUCAUUUUUCUUUAAGUUAUUCAUUUCAUGUUGUUAAAAUGAAAUACUGUUUUUUCCCCCCUCAAUGUGGUUAGCUUGUCCUAUUCACUCAGCUAUGUAGUAUGUUGUAUAGUCUAUCGUAUGGCGUUGAAAGUCUUUUUUUUUCGGUAGUAGUUACAAACAUCUGCUUCUUCAGUGCUCGCCAGCUGACAGAGGAAUUAACUGACUGAUAUUCUGUUUAGUAACAACAUCUGCAAACUGUUGGCCUAGUGUUAUCGUGAGCUUGUUUUCUAAUCUUUUCUAGAGCUGUGAUAAACAUAGGAUUGGGCCACAGAUUGUAUUACAGAGACAUUGGCAGGGUUAGAGUGAUAAUGAGUAUAUGCAUCCACACUGUUUGGUUAUCAUGACUGGCAUAGGCUGUGCUUUGCCAAAGCCCACUACAAAAUGAGUCAAAGUUCUAAAUGGAGUUGAUAUUGGCCGUACCUUGAGUAAAUUUGCAAAAGUGGCCAAUAUUUAUCAGGGUUUAACAGGCAUUGUUUUUGAUAAAGUGACAAAUGUUACAGGAGAAUUGUAAUUUCCCUGAAUGUUUAAUAUUUACUUAUCCCUUAAUUUAAAAAAUAUAUUUUUGCUAGGCAUAAAAAAUAAAAUUAAACGUUUGUUACGGUGUGGUGCUUCCCUUCUAUCUCCUUGUCAAUCAUUGUUAUAAGCUCUGCCCUUUGCACCUGGCAAUCAUCAUACUGAAAGCAUAUAGAUAAACAAUGUUUCUAUUUUUCCUGUUCAUGUACAAUGUGUGCCCUCCUGUUGCCUUGUCUGAACUGGAUUUUGAUGUCAUUUGCUAAUCUUUUAACCUAAAUUUUAAAAAGUGCAUCUCGUGAAAACAAGGUUAACACAAGUUAUAAGGGAUUCUCAGUGUUUUAUUCAACGGUGUAAAUUAUAGAGAAGCAAUAGUGACCCUUAAAGAGACAUUGUAUCUGUUUCCAUGGUGAUUGCUCCAUUAUUUAGCACUUUGUUGCAAAAUAGCACCAGAUUUGACCUUGAAUUUCAUCUAUUAACCACACCUACGCUGACAUCUUGAACAAAAUGGAACAUCACCGUCUUUACAAGUCAGCUAAUUCAACGUUCCUAAGAUUUGAAGUCUGCUUCUAAUAACAGUUUUUACAUGUAAUCUAUAUUUCAUGUCUAAGCUGGCAAGGAGAAAUUUGCUGUUUUCAUUGUGACAAUCAAAAAACAGAAGUGAUACCUAGUUAUGGAGGGAGAUGUGUGAAGUUAUGCAUAAUGUAACAUUAAUCUCCAAGGGCCCAUGUUUUUCUAAACAGUAGAAACAGACUUUGGCCCAGACUGUGCCAGAUGAAAGGGUAUAAGCCAAUAUAGAACCAAUUCUAUCACUUCCCAUGACACAAUUAACUGUAAACAUACAGAAAAUAAAUAUAUUCAUAGCAGAGUUGUUUGACCGUGUAUGCUCAUAAUGUUCCUAUGAUAAUUUUAUAGACAUUUCUGGAUGGCUUAUUUUUCCGUAUCUCUAGUGCGUCACUAUAGCAGCGCUCAUGUCGUCUUAGAAUGUUGAUUGCUUUGUAACUGUUAUGUUAUUUCUGUAUUAUAAAGUAAGUUGUUUUUUGUACUCUUUUUGUUAUACUAAUAAAUAUAUGCAUGUACCUUAAUUGUUCUGUCUACGCCAGAGACUGUAUAAAACGUUGAUAGACUCUGGAGUAUUUUUCUUUAAGCAAACUGUCUCUUGAGAUUAUAUGACCUUGUCCAGAGGACUUUUUCUGAUUGCAGUAAACUUGGACUGAAUGGUACUGUACCCCCCCUACUAUGUCUGAUGUAUCACCCUGUCACCUUAUGUGCGGAUGCACUUCUCUUUUUACAUUGUAUGUCUGCAGAAUAUAUGUAGUGACUUUUUAAAAAUUACAAUAUAUAUUUUUGCAUUUAAAAAAAAAAAAAUUACACAAGUGCGCUCAUACAAUAUAAUGUGGCCCACAGUCUAAGUAAUAUAUUAUGGAAUACAAUAUAUACUAUGGAAGUCUGUCAUAGUUUGGUCUUAUGUUUUUUAUUGCACUUUAGAAAGAUUUAGUUACCAGGAUAUAAUAUGACUUAAAUAAUUAAAUCUCAUAUAGUAAUGUUUUUGACAUCCAGCUAAUAAUUUGUUCCCUGGGUGUAAAACAUGAUUAACAAAAUCAUAUUUCAAAUCUUUCUACACAUGAAGACCAUAUCAUUUAAUAUACUUCCUGCUUGUUCAAGGCUAGCAUUUCUUUUGGAACUAAUGACACUUUUGCCUAAAUGUUGUUCUCGUUACAUUGCAAAUCAAUGGAUUAUUGUGCAUUGGAGCAGGGUAGAUACUUAUAAGCAUGUUUGCGGCUUAAAAUUUUAAUCUAACAUAAUGUCUUGCAUUAUAUAAGGUGUAUUUAACAGAACUGUUAAACACAACUUCUGACAUUCUGUAAGUGAUAGAAAAAAUUGGCAUCACAAAGUUUUGAGCAUCUGUCAGGUGCUCAUCAUAUUAAAGUACAAUUUACAUUUAUAAAGGUUAUAACAACAGUAUAUAUGUAAGUGUGGGAGGUGGUAUACCCUAAUUUCAAAACGUUGCAAAAUCACCAAAUUAUUCUAUUGGUUAAUAUGGUGAUUGCUCCAGAACUCUGAUCCUGCAAGUAUUUGGUAUAAUCAACUUCCAAAUGCUGAGUAUAAGCAGAUUGAAAAACAGAUUUCUGGCCAUAGUUUGAAUGAUACGUUUUUGGUUAUUUAGGAAAAUGAUUUAUAGAUUUUGAAAUCACACAGCUACAUAGUUACAUAGUUACAUAGCUGAAAAGAGACUUGCGUCUAUCAAGUUCAGCCUUCUUCACAUUUGUUUUUUGCUGUUGAUCCAAAAGAAGGCAAAAAAAAAAAAAAAAAAACAGUUUGAAGCACAAUUUUGCAACAAGCUAGGAAAAAAAAUCCUCCUUCACCCCAGAAUGGCAGUCAGAUUUAUCCUUGGAUCAAGCAGUUAUUACCCUACACUGAAAGAUUAUAUCCUUGAAUAUUCUGUUUUUGCAAGUAUGCAUCUCGUAGCUGUUUGAACAUCUGUAUGGACUCUGAUAAAACCACUUCUUCAGGCAAAGAAUUCCACAUCCUGAUUGUUCUUGCAGUAAAAAAACUUUCCUUUGCCUUAGACGAAAUCUUCUUUCUUCCAGUCUAAACACAUGGCCUCUUGUCCUAUGUAAAGUCAGGUUUGUGAAUAGAUUUCCACACAAUGGUUUGUAUUGGCCCCGAAUAUAUUUGUAUAAUGUUUUCAUAUCCCCUCUCAGGCGACAUUUUUCUAAACUAAAUAGGUUUAAAUUUGUUAACCUACCCUGCAGCUGACUGUAUAGGCCUUUGUGGAACAUAGAGGACAUGAUGUAUGCAUAUUGUAUGUUUGGUGACACUGACAUGACUUGGAUAUAAAAGGAGAACAAUUACUUCAGGAAGUUGUUUUGGUUAAAUAGCUUACUAGACUAAUAUUGCAAUCUUUGUUUCCUGUUGGCCACUGAUUUCUCUCUGAAGACUAUGUAGGUUCAGGACACUCAAUGCAUUAUUAAGAAAAGCUGUGUUCUUACAGAGAUGUUUACGAUGUCUAUUAAUUGUUUUCACAUUUUUUAUAUGUUUUAGAAACUUUUGUUACUAGUUAUUCAUGAUCUGAUGUGUUGUUAACCUUUUUUUUAUUAUUAUUAAAAAAUCUAAUCAUUUACUUUGAGUAAAAUAUCCCACUGUGGUUUAACAUCACCACUGAUUAUGCAAAUAUCCAAUUUUUAUUUACUGAUUGUAAAAUAAACACACUAUGAACGAAGGUUCAAUACUUUAUUUUCGCAGUUCCAUUAUCAGCAAUCAGCACAAUUUCAGUUGCUACAAUAUCGUUGUUAAAAAAAAAAAAAACUUGACCAGUAAAUUUCCUAGGAUCAAAAUAAUUUAUAUAUCUGAUAUCGAAGGUUCAUUAAUUGAAGCAUGCACUUUUUGUAGCUCACUAUUAUACAGAUCGUAUAUAUUUGAUACCAAAGGCUCAAUAGUGAUUAUCUGUACCUAUACAUAUAUAAAGCUUUUACUCAUUGUAUUCCCCGUAGUACACAAAGAAGCUACUGCUAUUUAAAAAAAAACUGCAGUAUGCUGUCAAUAUGUUACACAGUGCACUUUCUGUAGUACACUAGGAUAGUAACACUAUAUUAAAUUAUUCACUUUCCGUAAAGUAAAAAAACUAGAAAACUGUCACUAUGUUGCACUGCACACUCUCUAGCACACUCAACACUGUCCCUAUAUUACACUGCACACUCUCUGUUUGCACACUAGACACUGUCACUAUAUUACACUGCACACUCUCUGUACACUAGACACUUUUACUAUAUUACAUUGCACGCUCUCUGUUUGCACACUAGACACUGUCACUAUAUUACACUGCACGCUGUCUGUUUGCACACUAGACACUGUCACUAUAUUACACUGCACACUCUCUGUACACUAGACACUUUUACUAUAUUACAUUGCACGCUCUCUGUUUGCACACUAGACACUGUCACUAUAUUACACUGCACGCUGUCUGUUUGCACACUAGACACUGUCACUAUAUUACACUGCACACUCUCUGUACACUAGACACUGUUACUAUAUUACACUGCACGCUGUCUGUUUGCACACUAGACACUGUCACUAUAUUACACUGCACACUCUCUGUACACUAGACACUGUUACUAUAUUACACUGCACGCUCUCUGUUUGCACACUAGACACUGUCACUAUAUUACACUGCACACUCUCUGUUUGCACACUAGACACUGUCACUAUAUUACACUGCACGCUCUCUGUUUGCACACUAGACACUAUCACUAUAUUACACUGCACGCUCUCUUUUUGUUUUAAAUAUGUUUAUUGUCAGCAAUAUAAACACGGGUGUUGAACUUGGUAACAUUCAUGCAUAUAAUUGCCUACGCAGAGGCGUGCACGUUGAAAGUGUAUAUAAUGUGAGGCCGACAUAUUCCAGUUAACUCAGAGUAACACAUAGUUGCCUGCGCAGAGGCGUAUAGGUCAAUAUAGACAUGCAAUGACAAAUAUUAGACAUUUAUAAGCCUUGCAGGGCUAGACAUGCAAAAGGUGGUGAGCUUGCGUGGUAUUGCGUUGUUAGGGCGUUUUCGUCAGGUAUGUGGUGGCUAUUUGGGGUGGCAGUUAGUAUCAUGUGUUCAGCUAUCGGCUCAUUAAAUGGUGUUAGUGUGGUUCGUUAAUGAUACACUGUAUUCUUCUGAGAUGCCAGUGAUUGCGUAUUUAUCCCUGUUGCCGUAAACUGCAGUGAAGGCCCAUCUUGCGAAAGUGAGUUGGUGUUUACGCGUUCUGAUCUUUUGUCUGUAGCCCUGAGUUCUAGUGUGUCUCGUGGCUACCCGCUCGUGCAUAUUGGGGUUGUAUUUGUUUUGUGUGUUUCGUGUCCUUCCCCUCUACUGGUGAUGGUGAAACCUUCUGCGGUAAGUCUGUGUCACCUCUAUUGCGUGUUUCCAUGGUUAUGUCUAUGUAGUGUUGCUUUAUUCUGGAGCUCUGUGUGUCUGCCUCUAUUGUUGCGUCCUUGUGGUUCCGGUUUGUGUGUCUGAGUCACCGUCUGUGUGUCUUGGUGUCGUCGCGUUGAGGUGGGUUCACCUGUGUGCGUGGAUGUGGUGUUGUUCUGUGGGUUUUGGGUUAGAUCGCCAAGGUCUGUGUUUGGGCUGUGGAUGUGUGUGGCUCUCAGAUCAUGUGGUUUCGCAACUCUCGUCUGUUAUUAUCUGACUGUAGUGGCCGUUUGUUCUAUGUCUUGGCUGUCCGUGUGUUUGUAGUGGGUCUUGGUUCAGGUUGUGUAGUUUAAAGUCUUGGCAUGCUGUCGCUCGUAUGUGUUGUGUGUUUACUUGUGUAUGUUCCCGACUGACCUGCUCAUUGUCCCGCCUCCUGUUGUCCUUUGGGUGUGCGACUAUAUGUGUCGGCAAGUUGUGUGUUGUGUAUGUGCAUGUGGAUGUUGUGGGUUGGUGAUGGUGGGUGUUUCCGACCCCUGUCGCCGUCUCGGUUCGUCGGUCCCCAGCUUCUCAUAUUCGUGCCGUAUUUAUUUUGGCUUAAUACUCUCCUCCUUCGUCUACUGCGUCGCCAUGCGGUUACGGAAAGCGUCAGUGGUGGUUAGUCUGAGCCAGUGAAACCAGCGUUUGGUGUAGCGAUCUCUAAGGUUCGGGGUAGUUGCCUUCACGUCUUCGCACGCUCUCUUUUUGCACACUAGACACUGUCACUAUUUUACACUGCACACUCUCUGUUUGCACACUAGACACUGUCACUAUAUUACACUGCACGCUCUCUGUUUGCACACUAGACACUAUCACUAUAUUACACUGCACGCUCUCUUUUUGCACACUAGACACUGUCACUAUUUUACACUGCACGCUCUCUGUAGUACAUAGGGAAAUGUCACUAUAUAACACUGCACCCUCUUUGUAGAACACAGUCAGUAUCGGUUACUAAAUGAAUUCAAACUAAAUUUCAAAUUUAAGGUCAACAUAGCCGAUUUAGAAAUAUUCUCUUAAUCAGUUAUGCUUUCAGUUCAGCUACUCUGGCCUGAAGUUUUAAAUUCACUUUGAAUUCAUUUUGAAUUCUCUUGUUAGUAAAUAAGCCUGUAUGUCACUCUGUGCACUCUCUGUAGUUCACUUUGAAACUGCCCGCGUAAUACACCCUUCAUGCUGCAGUAUACUAGACACUGCCACAUUGUACACUGAGUACUCUCUAUUAUAACAGUGUAACGGAGCUCACUGUACCCCGACUGGGUAACUCCGCCAAAGGACCGCUUCGUAGCUGGAACAGGGGACAAACCUCAACACUCUUGCCCUCAGUCGCUGUGACUUGACUGAGGUCCUGGAACCGCUCUCUCAUGGAGCUGAAUGGGGAAAUCGCUCCAGCAACCACCAGGCACUGGACGACACUAAGUCCUGGGAGCUGCCCGUUGAAUCUUCCACACUGGAACAGUGAUUAAAGAAUAGCCCUUUCCUCUCCCAAUAACCAGACGACACAUAGUUCUGGGAGUACAAGCUGGGAUACGUUUAUUGGCAGCCACAACUGGCCUUAUAUGCAGGUCCCCAUGCAUGGGGCACUCUCCCCUGGACCUGAGAGUAGACUCCAGUAAAAACAUACACACGAUUACAUUGGCUCUCAGGUCCAGGACACUCCCAUACAAAACAAAAUAAUCCAUUCCCUAUACCUGGGAGAUAAUUGAGUCAAGCAUUGUAUUAAACUCAAUUAUCUCCAAGCACAAAAAACACACAUUUCCCAAACACCCCAAAAGUACCUUAAAAAUACAUAAAGCCCCACAAAAGUUACAUCCCCUGAUAGCCCCGACCUGGGUGACCAACCUAUCCAAAAAUCACCCAGAUCAGUUCAGGAAUUUCCUAGCAGUCAUAAUUUGACCGACUGCACGCAUGGUCCCCUAGGCGAAAAUAGUUCCAUGGAAUCGCGGCUAAGUGCUGCUGGGGACCAACCGGGAACCGCAAAGUCUUCAUGCCGAAAAUAGUUCCAGGGCUUUCGCGGCUAAGUCCCCCUGAUGUCUAUUUGCGCUUUUGGGCCAUGCGAACAGCCUCCAGGGAGCUAGUGUUCGGUUCUAUGCGCACAAAUGGAGUGCCGAACCAGGGGGAAUAAAAUAUUGGCCUUUACAGUCGCUGACCUGGCCUAUAGUCAGUGGGCAGGAGGCGGCUGACAAGCAGGCUCCUCCAGGAGAUCGUGGCACAGGGGAGUUUGUCACACACAGUUACUCUUUUCUACUAUACUCUGCACUCUUUGUAGGAUUCUAGAAAACUGUUGCUGCACAGUACACUUCUGGUAGCACAUUAGGACACUGCCACAUUCGGUGGAAGUUGGUCUGAAAGGGUGAGUUUGGUAGUGCCCCCAUAAUCUUUGUUGGGGGAAUAUAUAUAUAUACUGGUGUAAUAAGUAUGUGUUAGAAAAAAAAGAAAAACAAAUGUUUGCAUCAUUUAUGAUCAGCUCUUUUUUAAUGGUUAGAGAUGUUGUUCAAGGGCUAAACAUCUAAUUAUGUCAAGAUUGUGAGGCAUUUUGUAAGAAACUCACGAUUCUCUGGAUAUGGAUACCUCUAGAUAUAGACAUGCUUAGUCUGCUCCUAACAUCGCCUAUUGCCUUUGCACUGGACUAUCAAAUCCUGGGAGCUCAACAAGACAGACCCAAUAUUGUCAUUUCUUUUACAGCUGUUAUUAGGUAACAGAAUUUGGGGUGGAGUUGGUCCUGUUUAAAGUUGAGACAUCUUGGGAAGAGAACUGAGAAGCCUCUUAUGGGCGACCUGAUAUCACAAGUUACUGUCGCUCUUACCUUCUGCUCACAUGGGCUGAGAGCUCACCUUGGCACCACAGUGCUACUCACUUCUGUAGAUUUUGCAACUACUUGAGACCUUGGCCCAGUCUCGAUAUUGGCUGACUGUUGAUUAUUUCCUCCAAGUUGGCCUGCUCCAUGGCAUGGAGCCUCUGUACUCUAUAAAGCUGAAGAUCACCCACGAUUAACCUUAUCACUGGUGGUAUCAGUUCUAUCUGCAAAUAAGCUACAUUUAUUCAAAAAUUCCCCUUGUGAUAUGUUAUAUUUUCAGUCGUAAUACCAGUUUGUUCAGCUUUAUUUUGAUCAUCUUCUGACUUGCAGUUAUGAGGACAUAGUCUUAAAUUAGAGGUGCAAAUGUUUAAAAAUUAUUUUAGGAAGUAUUACUUUACUGAGAGUGUAGUGGAUGCAUGGAAUGGCUUUCCAGCUGAAGUGGUAGAGGUUAAAGGACCACUCUAGGUGCCAGGUCCAGCUAGGGUUAACCCUUUUUUUAUAAACAUAGCAGUUUCAGAGCCUUCCCCCAUUCCCUCUAGCGGCUGUCUCAUUGACAGCCGCUAGAGGCGCUUGCGUGCUUCUCACUGUGAUUUUCACAGUGAGAGCAUGCCAGCGUCUAUAGGAAAGCAUUGAUAAUGCUUUCCUAUGCGACCGGCUGAAUGCGCGCGCAACUCUUGCCGCGCGUGCACAUUCAGCCGACGAGGAGGAACGGAGGAGGAUCGGAGGAGGAGAGCUCCCCGCCAAGCGCUGGAAAAAGGUAAGUUUUUACCCCCUUCCAGAGCCGGGCGGGAGGGGGUCCCUGAGGGUGGGGGCACCCUCAGGCACUAUAGUGCCAGGAAAACGAGUAUGUUUUCCUGGCACUAUAGUGGUCCUUUAACACAGUAAAGGAGUUUAAGCAUGCAUGGGACAGGCAUAAGGCUAUCCUAACAAUAAGAUAAGGCCAGGGACUUGGGCAGACUAGAUGGGCAGAAUGGUUCUAAUCUGCCAUCACAUUCUAUGUUUCUAUGUAUUGAAUAUGCAAUGAUAGGUAGGCAUGUGCAUGGGAAAAAUAUUCGGCUCGGUUCAGCAUUCAGAAAUUCAGGACUUCGGCACUUUGACACCUCGGAACAUCGGCAACUUCGGAACUUCAGCAAUUCGGCACUUUGGCACUACUACACUUUGGAAAUUUCUUAAUUUAGGCACUUCGGGACUUCGGCACUUCGGCAAUUCAGCUAUUCGGACAUUCGGAAGCACCCGAAUGUCCAAAUUACCUGAAAUUCGGCCGAAUUUUAAUUUGGACCGAAACGAAUUGCACAUGUCUAAUGAUAGGCCAGCUUGUGCCUUGACGCCUGAUAUCUUAAUUCAAUAUUUGUGCUCUACCCGGUAUAUUGCUUCAGAAAUCAUUAUAAGUAAAGUGACACAUAAACUGGCCCACUGUACAGGCACCUAUCAAGUCGCUCUUAUCUAGUCGUAUCUAGUCUUAUCUAGUCUAAAACUCAUACCUGCAUUUUUCUCCUGGCAAUGCAUUGAUAUGUUUAUUGCUAAUUCCUUACUUUUUUUUUUCCUCUGUUGUUUUAUUAUAAAAUUAUAAAAUGAGCUAUCCUGCAGUGUAUUGAUAUGAUAUAUUAUAAGCUUUGUGUAUGCUUAUAUUGUAUGUUAAACUCUUACCUCAAUAAAAAAGAGACUGACCAUAAAAUAGCCAAUGCAGCAAUUUAGCCUGUAUUUUGCCAUUCUGAUUUAAUUAAAUAAUUUAAUGUAUAACUCUGAAGGUAAUUCUAUACGCCUUGGUGAGUUUAAAUUUAAAUGGGAUUAAAAAGUCAACAUAUUUAUUUACACAGAUUUCGUAUAGAAUAUACAGAUACAGAUUUUACCAACAAAUAUUUAACCUUGUGUGACUAUAUUUUAAACAAAUAUACAAAUGAUUUUUAUCUUUGUAUACUCAAGCUAAACCUCAAUUGGCAUGACAAAGUAGUAAAAAUUUAUUUGUUUUAGUAGAUAGCUAUACUUAAAGGGACAUUAUAGCUAGCCACUUCAUCUUUAUACUGACAGCUACUAAAAGCAUUUCCUCAGAAAUAAACAAGCAAAACUGAGAGAAUGUAAGUAAAAUACCUUUUUAACCCUUGCAGGGGUGGGAGGGCGAUCAUCUAAAUGGUGACUAGGGCACUGUAACGUUAGGGACACACAUUUAUUUGUAUUCCUAACGCUAUUGUAUUCCUUUAAAGUGGCAGUAUCACUUUUAAGGGUUUUUUUUGUAAGUGAUUUUUUUUGUUAAGUGGCUUUAUAAAAAAACACAGUUACAGGCACCAGGUGCUUCCCAUCCCAAACAAGAAUUUAAGGAUUCUUUCCAUCUCUCUGUGUUGUAAACAUAUGCAAGAGUACGACACUGAUGCAGUUUCUGGUAGAGCUGGAAGGAAGUGAAGAAGUUUGCCGCAAAGAAGAUGGUGGAACACACUGGGGAGAGCUUCUGAAAGGUUUUAGCUAGGCAGAGCAUCACGUAAGCUUCAGGGCUUCAGCUUCACUUGCAGCUUCUACUCCAGUAGCUGCCACACAAGUGGGCAUGAUAUCUUCAGGAAUCUUUGUUAAAUAUGCAAAGACCUCCAAAGGUGACACUAUUGAGCGCCAUUUUCCAUCAUGGAAUAGAUCAUAACUGUUCUCUAAAAGGUUUAUUUUUAAGAGGAAAUGAUCACAUAUGGGAGACCCAUCAGGAGAGAGCCACAACUUUUUUUUUAUACCACAGUUUAGUUGUGAGGCAGAGGCAAUCAAGUUGUAGACCACACAUACAACUUGAACAAAGUUUAUAGAGACACGCUGGAACGGAGUAUUCCACCUGCUUGAGUGAAAGCUCGAGUGGGCUGUCUUACGGCAACACUUUGUACUAAUCACUGCAAUUAUAAGCUGCUCACAGAGCUGAGAAUGGGCGCAGGAUACGCUCUGCACUUUCAACUUUGCAUUCGUAUAAAGUUAAACCUUAAUUAAUAGAUUAUAUUUAUCAACGUCACUUAACAAUUAGGGUCGAGAAUGGCUUCAAAUAAACUUUGUGUUAAGGAAAAAUCAGUGUAUCAGAACAAUUUCUCAUUUUUGCAGACAAGUUUAUGUUUUUAGUUUAAAUUUAAUGAUGACUCUAUAGUGUUUAAAACCUACCCUAUUUCCAAUCUGCCGGUGCUGGCCCCACCCCGAUCUGCCUUUUUGUGUGACAUCAUCAGAACUGAUGAUCUCAGCCAAUCCAAUGCUAUCCCUAUGGGAAAACAUUGGAUUAGCUGAGGUCGUCAAGGAGGUUGGAUGGGGGCAGGGUUCAAACACCACCCUAGCCAAUCAGCAUUUCCUCCUAGAGAUAAAUUGAAUCAAUGCAUCUCUAUGUGGAAAGCUCUGCAUCUCAAUGCAGAGAUGAAGCACAUCUAGCAGACGUUUAAGGAGUGGCCAGUGGAGGUAUCCCUUGGCUGUAAUUUAAACACUGCAUUUUCAUUGAAAAGGUAAUGUUUACAGCAAAAGGCCUGCAGAGACAGGAUAUAGACACCAAAACAACUAAAUUAAGCUGUAGUUGUUCAGGUGACUAUAGUGUCCCUUUAAGAAUGUCUGGAGUGUUUUUUUAUAUCUUAUGUGCUUUGAAUGUGUGGAAUUUUUAUUCAAUAUCAGUACUGGUAUGUAAAAAAAACAAUUUUGUCAGAAAAAGUAAACAUAAUCCGUGUUAAAAUAUACAGACUUAAAAUAUAUAAUAGCAUUAAGACAAAACAAAACACAAAAAAACUGAAAGAGAAGCAUAUAAACAGCUAAACUUUAUUGAAAUAUUGGUGAAUUUCCUUAUAAGGACUCCUUAAAAUCAGUUAUAAUCCGCAUUAACAAUAUAAAUCAGUACAUAAUCUAAUUAUUCUAACCUAAAAGCUGAUAAUUUUGGAUUAUGUUUGUAUCAUUAAAAUUGCAUAUUAAUGUGGAAAGAGAUUGGCAAAUAUAAGGUCUGCAUUCGUACAUCAAUGCAGAACAAUAAGGGCAUUAAAAUGUCAGUUCAAUAAGUAUACUGUAUUCAAGGGGAACUGAAACUAUAUAAAUAUAUAACAAACACAUUGGGUCGGACAGUGUUUGACUGCCAUGUGAACCAUACAAAUCAUGUUAUGCCAUCAGUUCCUCCAACACCUCACCAGGAUUUUUACCAAAUUUUACAUUUGCUCAGAUGAACCCAGGGCUCGAAUCCUGCAGGAAUACGUGGGGACGGUGUUCCUGCACUUUUUUCACAACAGGAAUGCUGUUCCCCUUGUUCCUGCAGGCACUCAGGGGGCGGCAAAAAAUGCCGCCCCCAAAUGGCCCCCAUGUUCCCACUGUCAUGGGGGGGGGCCCAAGAGGUGGCCUGAUGGCCACCUGAUAGAUCCCCCUGGUGGGCACCUGUCUCCCGGUCAGAUGCAGCAAGGGAACUGUGUUCUCUCUGCUCCCUCGCGCGCCGUUUGCUGAUGCCGGGAGCCGGAAUAUGACAUCAUAUUCCGGCUCCUGGCAUCAGUAGACAGCCCGCGCGGCGAGAGGGAGCAGAGAGAACACAGCUCCAUCGCCGCAUCUGACCGGGAGACAGCCGCCCGCCUCACUGAAGCCCCACUGGACCCAAGGGACAGGUCCAUGCCAGCUCUCCAGGUAGGGAGGUUGGGUGGACAUUUUUAAAUCUUAAAAAAUAAUAAUAAUUUGUGUGUUUGUGAGUGUGUGUGUCUGAGUGUAUGUGUGUGUGUCUGAGAAUGUGUGUGUGUGUGUCUAUGAGUGUGUGUGUGUGUCUGUGAGUGUAUGUGUCUGUGAGAGUGUGUGUGUCUGUGAGUGUAUCUGUGUGUGUCUGACUAUGUGUGUAUCUGUGAGUAUGAGUGUGUGUGUGUGUAUCUGUGUGUUUCUGAGUGUGUGCGCUCACCUGCCUGUGUGUGUGCACGUGUUUAUAUGUGCAUAUGAGCGUAUAAUAUUUGGUUCCUCUUGUUGUAAGAAUAUAUUUGUACAUACAGGAAGUUAGCAUGUACCUUUCAAUGUCUGCUGCGGCCACUAGCUUCUGGUUUUAUGUCUGACUAGAAGUUACUCACCUGAAUCUUGAGACAUUUAAAAAUAAAUAUCAACGUUUUGUGCAUUUCCUUUAUUGUUUAACAUGUCUGACUACUAAAACCAACAUUAAAAUAUAUGUAUGUAAAAUGUAUGUGAAAUGUAUAUAAAAGAUAUGUUUCAAAAUCCACAAUCAAACAUUGAACAAUAAGCAAAUAAUAUAGAUCUUAAUUUAGCUUUAAAUACAUACUAGCAUUCAUCUAAAAAACAAAGGAUAUUAUAAGGUGGAGAAUUGUUAGACAGCUUACCUAAAAAAAAAUCAGCUACAAUUUCUUCCAGGCCACCCCUGUGAACAAAUAUGCAAUUCCAAAAUAAUAAUAGGUAUGUGGAAAUGGACAAUGACUCCUUCAAAUUAUACUAUCUAUGGCACAUGCAUGGCAUCAUGGGUUACCCUUAACCCCUUAAGGACACAUGACAUGUGUGACAUGUCAUGAUUCCAUUUUAUUCCAGAAGUUUGGUCCUUAAGGGGUUAAAGGACCACAGUCCCUCAAAACUAUUUUUAAUAUAAUACUGCUUUCAUCAUGUUUUAAAAGGAAAUUAAUUUUCUUUUUUCAAUUAAGCAUAUGUAAAAAAGAUAAAAAAAAUAAAGUAAGAAAAACUCAUCUGUGCCUAUAGUAUAUGACAGGAAUCUUCAGCCAUAUACAUACACCUUGGGCCAGACAGUGAUUGAAUACUCUAUGGUUUUCCAUGCUUAACUCCCUGCACAGAAGCUGGGAAAACCAUAGAGACUAACUGUAAGUUUUCAAGCAAUGUCUGAUCCAAGGUGUAUGUAUAUGGCUGAAGGAUCCUGUCAUACACUAAAGGAAGGGAUGCAUUAUUCUCAUUUAUUUACAUAUACUUCAUUAAAUAAAUCUAUUUCCUAUCAAAACGUGAUGAAAUGAUUAUUACAUUAAAAAAUAGUUUUGAGUUGACAGUUGUCGUUUUAUUCACCCUGGUAUGCUUUGACAGCCUCUCAGUUGAAGCAAAUCAAAAUUAAAAUAAAUAAAUAAAAAAAAUGUAAAUAUAUAUAUAUAUAUACAUACUUACAUUAUCUGUUUGGUAAUGAAAAAUCUCCUCUUUAUAUUCUUUAUGCAAGAAACCACAAAGCUGACUCACACGUGCAACACUUAUUUCCAUCGAACAGUACAAAAAGAUGCCUAUGUGUAAUAGUUUCCUUGGAGUACACUGGCUGUCCAUAUGUUACCAUUCACAAAGUAUACUUAGAAAGUGUGUUUCCAGGAAAAUUAGAACGAGAUGCUUUUCAUUUUCACUUACGAUCUCAGGUGGGUGAGACCAGCAUAGAGAGGCAAAAAAGGUGAAUAAAAUAAAAAAGAGAGGAGGACGGGGAACUAAUAUUGUAUUCCUGCUUUAUAGUGUCAGGAAUACAUGUUUGUAUAGUGUUCCUUUAAGUCAGUGACUGUUCAGCAGCUGUUCAUGAACAGGUCUGUGCAGGUCUGUCUGGGAACUGACAUCUUUCACUGCUUCUAAUGGCACUGGGUGCUGAGAUUCGGCAUCCUUUGUGCAUCUAGUAUACACUCUGGCUAUAAAAGAUGUUAAAAUAUUGUUCCAAUCCCUUGAAUAUUGUGCUAAUGAUGGCAUAGAUGGAGAGUAAAUAGUUCAUUGUGAGGACCACAAAGUGCAGGCCAAGGGCACAGGCCUCUGCAUUGCUCGCCCGCCCCUUGUUUGAGGCCUGACUACUGGAUAGGUAAUGCAGAAUUAAAGGGACCACAAUAAUACAAUUGGAGGGAUAUAAUCUAUAUGGGUGUUAUAUAUCAGUGUUUAGGUCACUGUGAGUACUAGACCAACACUGACCAACAUGUUGAAUGACAAACCACAUAUAUUUCAGAAUUAGACAAUGGGCCUUUGCAAACACUUUUUAUAAUUUGUUUUUUAGUGCAGUGGGAACAGCACUGACAGGUUAAGACAUGUCAUCAUAAACAUAAAUGGUGCUCAUCCAACUAGUAAAUACUAACAUAUUAGUUUUGCAAAAAUAGUAAAAAAAAAAAGAAAAGAAAUAAACAUGCAGAGUAUAAGGUAAUUGACACUCUUUAACCACUGUCAGUAGUUUCAUAACGUUAAUAUGCUCUUAUAGGAGAGACUGUCUGACACAAGGGAAGCAUUAGCUCAGAGCCUAGAAGGUAGGCUGCCGUGUAUGUGAGGAUGGACAGUCAACCGAAUCCCAGGCUGGGCAUUAUUAGUGUAGACCCCGUGGGGCUCACAACCCAUGUGGGCACAGUAAAGUAGAGGUAGAACCCUUGAAAGCAGAUUCGCCCAGAAGGGACCUCUCAGAUGUCCCUCCGCGGGUAGAAAAACUGGUUUUGCCAAGAACAAGCGCUCCUCCAGCUUUGCACAGAAUUGCUCACAUAUAGCAUCAAACUUAGCAAGGGUCUAAUGAAGUGAGCUUGACGGGUUGGUGUGUUGGAGCGUUGGAGCGCCACGCACUGUGUAGGUCGCUUGUACACGCCGGCACAUCAAAACACUUGGUGAGGGGCAACUAAAGCCUUAAAAUUGCAAAACCUAAGCUAAGCUGAGGACCUCCAUCAACCUGUGUCCUGCUCGCUUACUAGGGAGGCCCCAUCCCCCUUUGCAAACACAUUUAGCACAGCAAUCUUUAAUACACAUAUAUGCUCACCUGCUUGUGUCUCAUUUUUUUCAGUAAACACACUUAUUGUUUGCUCUGUUUUUUUGUUACUAAUUUUAUUUUUUUAGGGUUUCGUUUUGUUUCUAAGUACAAGUAUACUACACAGUUCCAUUCCAUCCUUUCUUAAUGCAGAGAUACACGCUAUAGAAUGCUCAACUCCACAUCACUUAAAGGGUUAACAUUUUAGGUAGAGAAAAUCUCUAUAUAAGAAGUUUAUCGUGUAAUGUGUCUCUUACACAGCUCCACCUACCCGGAUUACCUAGAAUAGUCUCUGUGUCAUUUAUCGACCUGGUACUGGAUUUAAUAUCUCAGCUACAUUUUUCCGAGAAUAUUUUAAGGCAUAAUACUUAAAUCUGUGCUUCAUGUUUUCACUACACAAUCAGUACAUUGUAUAAAAACAAUGCAAAGGCCCAAUAGAAGCAACAGCAAUCCCUCCUGACUGGCAUGUUUAUUUAUUACAAUACGUAUUUAUUCUGCUGUGCAAUAUAUACCUAUAAAUUCAAUGGAUGGACAUGGUAGAAUGUUCAGUAGAACAGGAGAAGUUCCGAUAAUACAUUCAUGUUAUAGGCUUCAGCAGAUAACAGGAAACUGAUUUCCAUUCAGCGGUUACAUUUUGAGUAGGAGAAAACAUUGCAUUAACUGCUUAUCAUUUGUCAUGUAACCGUUAAUUGGAAUUCACAUAACAUGCUCUCGUUGUAAUCACUAUAAUUUAAUAACGCACAACUGAAUUUUAAUUGGUACAGGUAUUUGGUGUGUACUAUAUUUUCACACAGUGCAAUCAUGAUUCACUCUGCAGCUGUUGUAAUGUGAUGCUGGGGAAGGGUUAAGAGUAAAUGGUGUUUCUCCAGUUUCAGUCCUUCUUUCUGUAUGAUUCGUACAGUUGUUUGUGAAAAAAUGCAACUUCUCGUUGUGUUAUACUGUGACGUAGGACACAGAGCAAACUUUCAUCAUUACUUUUUUUUUUCAUCUCUUGGCAAUUGAUACAUUAGUUAAUUACAUUUAUUUAUUACUCGGUACCAGAUGAAAAAUUACUUUAAAAAAAAUAAAAUAAAAAUAAUGAAAUAGUUCCUGGCUUUUUCAUAUAUAUGUAAUUAAAACCUUUCAAUUUGUUUCAGUGGUUUUGCAAAAAGUUUUUUCCUUUACGUUUAUUAAAAGUGUUUGCACUUACUGACUUUGACAAGCUACAUUUUUGUUUUGCUGCAAGGUUAAUACGAAUUAUUUAUUUAACUGAUUUUAUAUUGUGGAGCUUUGGUAAUUUGGGGUUAUUUCACCAAACAGCAAGUUGCGGCAACUUGACAACAAAUUAACAAAAUUUAGGUUUAAAGUACAACUGUCAUAACAUUUUUACUUCAUUUUUUCAAAAUGUAUUUCAUUUAAUAAAACGUAAUAAUAUUUUUAAAAAGUAGCUACUGAUUUAAAUUUUUUCUUUGCUUUUUUAGAAAAUUUUACUUAUCUGGCUGAGAAGCCAUGUUGGUACAGUCUGGACUGUUAUCGGGCCAACUGCUGCUCAGCUUAACCUACGAGCUACUGCGAUUGCUCUGUGGGAAACUGCAGCAACUGACAAGUUUGGCAGUGAAUCAGUUGGAGAGAUAAGAGUAGAAUCUGACCCAACAUGGCAGCCAGAUUUAAAAGGAUUUUUUUUUUUUAAAAAUAAAUAAAAAACAUCACUCUACAUUAUAUAAAUAUUUAAAUUAUUGUUAAGCUUCAUUAAAUGUAAUAAAGUUUAAAAAAAAAAAGUUACAUUUGAUGACAGUAACCUACUUUUUUCAAGAUGUGUGUUGACUUGCAACACUGCAUUGUUCACUGUUUUCAUAUUCUGUACCUUAGGGCCUUAUUCAUUAAAUUGGGACUUUUGUGGUGAGAAUGUGUUUUUCUAAAGAAAUAUAACAGAAUAUGAGCCAUAACAAAAAACAAUAGAAUUAGUUCUUUGAAAGGUAAAUGUUCAAUCAUGAAAAGAUGAAAAUUAUCAAUUUGACAUCUGAUCAUAAUUUAAUGAAAAAAUAUAUCAUGCUUUUUUUUUCAAUUGUUUGUUUGGAUUUUGGCUGUGGAAAUCCCCAAAUUAUCCAGAGCUAAAGUGAUAGACCUGAUUAUGGUUAAAACACAGAAGGGUAUACUUAAUGAAACAUGAACUAGAAUACUGAUAAUAUUUAGUUGUGGCAUUGUGACAGAAGGUAUUAAAUAACAAUUCACAAUCGUAUUGAAAUAUUACUUCAAAAUGCCUAUUAGGCAUUAUUCAAAUUUAUAAAAUUAAGUAACUAAUAAAAAAAAUCUAAAUACAAUUUAUUAAUAAAAAAUUACUAUAAUAUUUUACCUAUUUUAAUAUUGAUGUCCUCUUCUACCAUCAUGGCAUUUAUUAAAAAAUAUUAAAACUAAUGCAGGCAAUUUUCUAUAGAAUUGUAAUAGAAAACAAUUAUUAUUGCAUGCUCCAAAGUCUAAGGCAGGCCUAUUUAACCUAUGUCUGUCGAAUUACCAAAAUUAAUUUCCUAAUGUAUUCUUGGUAAACAAGAUAUUUCAGUUGCAUUGAGCAAGUUGUUCUUUAGGAAAUUAGUAGAACGCACAGAAAUGGCUUAUUAGGUUUAAAUGUCCAAAAAUACAAAACUAAGGGUUUUAUUUUCUAAAGAACAUUGAAUGCUAUGUAAAAAGAAUAAUUCUGCAUCAAAGUUCUAAAACUGUAGCAGUCACUGUGGCAACCAGUGCACGAUUGCUCUACCCUUAGAACUUUAGAACACCAUUUUAACAAUAACCUCUAUUAUGCUCACAAAUUAUUUCAAUUUUAGGUCAAACUAGACAUGUAAAAACAUAGCAGAAUUUAAGAUUGUUCUUUUUUUUUUACAGCAUGGUAAUUAUGGCCUAGAUUUUGCAAGCUUGUCAACUCAAUACUUAGUCAGUAGACCACUGCGACACUUGCACUCGCUUCUAGAUUUUAAUAGAAGUAAUCCGCUCUCCUAGUGCAGCUGCACAUUAUGUACACAGUGCUUGUAAUGAAUCCAAAAGAACUAUAAUCUUGACAGAUAAAACCAAAAAAAAGAAAAAUAUUUCAGGGGAGAGAUUCCCUCUGCUGGGGUGACACAAACACAGAAACAUUAAACGUAAAUGAAUUCCAAUUAUGUUCUCGCAUUUUUUUAGAUUUAUUUUAAUAAAAUGUAUAUGUAGCUGUUAAAAGCUGUAACUCCCAUCAUUCUAAGACAGAGGCGUAGAUAUUCACCUCAGUUAUAGGCUUCAGCUCCCAUCAUUUCCACGCAGAUAUCCUGGGUGUCAGAAAGAUCAGAAAGUUGCGUGUUUAAGUAAUGUACAAAGCUUGAUUUAACUACAAUCUUUUUUUCAAAUUAGCAGUUUUUUUGCUGGUUAUAUUUAUAAAUCUAUUGUUGUGCAAAAUAAUUUACGCCUUGUAAGUUUCCGAAAGGAUUCUAUGUUUCCCCUGUCUAUAACAUUUGGCAGCCGGUUUUGUUCUGGAACUUCUGCUUGUUGCUUGUGCACAUUCUCAGUAGUUCUGUGUUAGGCUCAGAGCCAGCAUGCAGGUGCUGUAACAGAUACUAUCACGCCCUUAUGUAGAUUGACUUGUGAUAAACAUAAAUGUCUGCCUUUGAAUCACAAAUAAUAUAAGUACAUGUGAUGUACUUUCUCAUCGAAGAUAUGUUCAGUUUAGAAGCAGUUUUGUUCGUGUUUAUACUACUUAUAGAAAGUCUGUUGGAAUUGAUGGGGAAAAAAAUAUAUUUCUUAAUUUCUCUAGUUAUUAAAUUUUUUUUGAUUUUUUUUUUUGUAUUUUUAAAAAUGUAUUUACCUUUUCUGCUGGCCAUGUUCUUUUCUGGACCUCACACUGCUAAACAGGAUGCUCAGCUGUUGCACCAGUCAGCUCCCCUGACUAAAGCACUUUAGAUAUCAUCAUCAUCUGACCAGUAUACGAGAGCCUACGAGGCUUACUAUUGCAGCUCUCACAUUUACAACAUGUCUGAGGAAAAUGUAAAGAGUACUAAGCUCAUAUAGCUGGGCAGUUCUGAUAUAUAGGAAUAAAUGAAAUACAAUCACCUGCUUUUAGCCACUUAAAGCAACUACAGGGUUAGUCAGUAACCUCCAAAUGUUUGCAAAUUAAAUCUAAAUGGAAAAACUGAGGCACAAAUAGCUGAUUGGGGAAAAUGAUCCAACUCUAUUUUUACUUAUUUUUCUUAUAUUUUGUCAUUACGAUUUAAUUAGCAAAAAAUCAGAGUUCAGUGCAUAUUGCAUAUUGGAUAACCCUGUUGGUAUACAAAGCAUUUUGUCACGUGCAAAUUUAACUUUUACAUUGUGCUGUUAUUUUAGCAACUGUACUUUCAAAUAUGCAAUAUAACCUUUUUCUCCUUCUUCUUAAAUAUAUAUGUCCUCAAAUGGACAUUAUUCAAAAAAAUUAUAUAUAGCCUAUUGUAUCUGAAUAUAAUAUGAAUAUUUAUUUCAAUAAAUUAAUACAAGAAUAUAACCAUAAAUCACGAUAGAUAUAGCUGCUUUGUUCUUACUAUACGUGCUAUCUUUGAAAAUAUAUUUAAUAUAAAUAUUACAUUUUCUUUUAAAGAGAACUCAGUAUUGAAGGAGAUAACUAAUGUAGUGUUUGUUCUCUAAUGCAUUAUAUUUACAAUUAGGGAUACGACUAUGAGUGCCUAGAAUACGGUUGCUGAUUUAUUUUGUUUCUUUUUUCAUUCUGCAAAACAAACAUAUAUGGUAUAAUCUAGUUUGCUUAUAUAUUCCCAGAUAAAUAAUAAUUAUCCCAGCAGAUUUAGACUCUAUGUUUUAUCUUUACCUAUGGCAUGCACCAUUUAAAUAUGUAUAAGUGGACUGUGCCUGUUGUAGAGGAAGUGAAUUUAGAAUGUAGAUUUGCCCACAACGUAAAGCAAAAGGCAUGAUUUUCUGAACUUGUGUUAUUUGUCUGCCUGGUAAAUAAAUUACAUCCUGAUUAUUAUUUCACUUACUAAUAAAUUGCUAAAGCCGUCACAGUAUUAUAAAUAUGGAAUGCAAAGCUUAACUGGUUGCAGAUCCUGAUAACAUAUUACUGUGCAUUUGUCAAAUAAUUACAAGUUUAAAUUAUUUAGUGACUAUUGGGUUGGACGCACCCAGUCAGAGUUUUGAUAGACUAAAAUUGGAACAUGUAGGUCCAGAAAAAUGAAAACUAUAUUAACCACGUCAGCAAUUACCAAGUCAUAGUCAUGGGAGCCUCCCACUUUUUUGCUGCUCUGGGUCCUAUCUGGUUAUUUUGGCCCUGACACUUAUGUUGUUUAUAUUAAUUUCUAGCCCUGUUAAUGGUUUAAAUCAAUGAUCAAGUUACUUAGGGAGUUUAGGUUAGUUUAACCCCUUAAGGAUACAUGACAUGUGUGACAUGUCAUUAUUCCCUUUUAUUCCAGAAGUUUGGUCCUUAAGGGGUUAAACUGGCCCUGGGAGUGGUAGAUAAUAGUUUUUUUUCUCCAGAUUUGCACAUCUGUAAUUUUCAAGGCAGUCAUUGGAAGGGUUUUCUACUACCUUGAGAAUAUCAUAAAGAAUCUAGCAACCAAGAUUAUCAAACUUCAUUAGAGAUUUUUUUUCUUUUUGUUGAAUAAACAUUUUGCCAUUUACAAUGAAAACAGCAUCUAACAAUCAAUUGUAUGGUCAGUUUUAUUGCCGGUUUCUCUCUGUCAUUAGCAAAUGGCAGUAAUAUAUUUGCAUGCUCGCCUGCGAGCAAGGGUAGCUUCCUUUGGCUCUCCUUUAAAAGUUUUUUACUAAAUAAAAUUCAAGGUUGAAGGCAGAAAGCUCUAUGCUCUAUACGCCAGUUUAUCUCGACCUCUCAAAUUUAUUUUGCAACACCCAUUAUCAGAAAUGCUCAUUACGGUUGGUAAUUUAAAAUUCUUCAACAGCUGGUGAUCUACCUUUUUGAUAAAUAUGUAAAUCAUUGGAUCUACGUAUUGAUAAAAUAAUAAUAAUAAUAAUAAUAAUAAAAUGCAAAGCGACCUGAUCUAUACUUCUAGUUCUCUCUUGAAAGCAAAUGACAAAAAAAUGGCAAUACAUAUGCUUCAGGACUACAUCCUUUAGACCAAAUCCUUUAACAUAUACUGAGCUUCUUAGCCUUCUUUACUUUGAGCAAAACUAGAUGGGUUUAGGGAAGUGGAUUAGGCUGUAUGAUUCUUUUUAAAAGGCUGUCUUCCUGUCAGUCACACCACAUUAAUCUGUCAUGGGGAGUUCUCUCGACAGUCAUUCUUGUAAUCAGAGAGACCUCUGAGUUAUUGGCCUACAGAGACUCUUUGCAUUCAGAGGGGAUGGGCGCCGGGUUGGUCGACAAACCACCAGACGACAGAGUCAAUUCUUACAGCCAGCAACAGAUACAUUAUGUAAGUAGCUAUAUUAAUCAUAGAAGACACUGCUCCAUUCAACACACUGUAUGCGACAUGGAUGUAUAUAUUCAGUUUUAUAGCUAUAUGUAUCUAUAUAGUAUAUAUGUGUGUACUUAUUUAUAUACAGACAGAUGUAUAUUCAUAUUGUGUUUGAGUAUUUGUUUAUAUGACUUUAAGCAUAGAUUACAUAGAUAGAUAAGGUUGACCAAUUAUAUUAAUUUAUUAAAGAUUAAUAGAUUCGAUUAGGUAGAUAAAUGAAUAUUUUGUGCGACUGUUUAUACUAAUUUUGUUUUAUUUGGAUUUAUAUCCAUGAAUACACAAACACAUAUAUACAUACAUUAAUAUAGAUAUACUUGUAGAUAGUUAGAAGUUAAGUGAAUAGUUAUAGAUUUAGUCACGAAAGUAAGAAUUGUCAAGAGUUCAAAGCAAAUUUCAAAUACAACUGGAAACAUUCACCAAGUUAACUAUGCAUCCAGUUUAGCUACUUUGGCGUCAAAUUUGAAAUUUACUGGGUUCCUAAAAAAAUCUCUCUUUAGUAAAUAAACCUGUUUUCCUGACAGUCUUUAGUCGUUCUUUUGUGAGUGGAUAAUUAGACGAGGCAAUUAAGGGUCUUUGAGAUCUCACGUGUCAAGAGCAAUAUGUUUACAUAUAUUAAGAAGCGGACAUACAUUAAUACGUUUAAUACAUACACUGAGUCUACACCUUCUCUUUCCCUCCUUCUCCAUCUCAGUCUUUCUACUUUUAUGUUUCAAUAUCUCUCUUUCUGUCUCCCAAGCUUUUACAAAUGUUAAUGAAUUAUGUUUUUUUUUUUUUUGUAACUAAUAUUUCUAAACAUUUCAAAGCUUCAUUAAGAAAACUGUUUUCCCUUUAGAUAAAUUAUUGUAAAAAAAAAAAUGUUAAAAAAUUCUUGAGACUCUCUCGGUAAAGGUGUAUCCGGGUAAUGUGUGCUAAAAUCCCAAUGUGUUACAGAAGCUUUAAGUAUCUUGGCGUACGUAGCCGUUUAAAUUCUAAUUAGUAACAAUCUGUGUCUCUAACUAUUAGAUUACACACCUUUUACAAAAGCUAGUUGUUUCUUUCUGUAAAAUACAUUUGUUUAAAUAUCCUAUUACAUAUAUUGAUGGGUUCAUCUGAAUCUUGUGUGUGUGUGUGUGUGUGUGUGUAUCUAUUCAGCUAUCUUUCCCAUAUGUCACUGGUUAGUAGGAUUUAAACUUGCAACAUGGUGUACAGAUGACUUACUGAGCAUUAUGGGAAAUAUUAGGGGUUGUUCAGAUAACCUUCACUGGUGUGUUAGUUGCUAUUUGCUAGUCAUCAGCAGUUUUAACUAAUUAUAAUGCAAAUUAAUUGAUAUUAACAUAAAAAGCAAUAUUCCAUCCCUUUUCUAUUCAUAACCGUUUUAUAUGAUGUACUUCUCCAUUUGCCACUGUAACUAAUUGUAGUUUUCUGAUGUUAGCCCUGAAACAUCAUCCAGUGCCAAAGUUUAGUUAUUUUAAAAAUUAUUAUUAUUUCAAUUUACUGUAUUAUCACUCUUCUCCUUUGGUGUACUUGAGUGUUUUUGUAAUACAUAUGCAUUUAGUUGUUGCCAUUUUAAUGAAUGUAACUUAGUGGCUGAAUAUACAAUGGUCAGAUUUGUAUUUCAGAUACACCUGUCUAAUGCACCAAUGUUCAAGCUAAACGUAGAUUCUUGUACGUAGUACUUAUUUCAUAAGUAUGGUGUUUUUUUGUUUUUCAACUGAUUAUGCUUCUGGGACAAACCUCAUUACUUAUGAUAGAGCUUGCUCCUUAUUAGAAAAAAAGUAUAAUUUAGAUCUUUCUUUUUUUAUUAUUCAAAGUUUUUAUUGAUAGCAUUCCAUAAGUACAGGUAAAGUGAAGCUGUAACAAGACAGAGUAUAUCGCUGGGCGGGCCAGCCAGGUAUGCAGGUCUGGCUGCAGUUAACAAUCGUACAGAUCACAUAUUUGGCAUUGUCAGCUGUGUUUUACAUUAUGGUUGGGUGCGUAAUUUGCGGGGCAGUGUGUGGCGAGGGUUAGCCGUGCACUGCGGCAUUAGUGUGGUGCAUAUUACUGGCAAGGUGCGGGCUGAGGUAGGGGUCUUGUAACGUGCGAUUUUGAUAUUCACGGACACGAGGGGUAUCUUGCGGGCAGCUGGGGGACAUGGUCCAGGGGUCUCCCUGGUUGGGUCUGUGCUGGGCCCGUCUGGAUGGAAUAAUUUAGAUCUUAACUUAAUGUGUAAUGCAUGUUUUUCAUGCCAUAAAACAUUUUGCAUUAUAUGUGUUGUCACGUGUAUUAAGUUAAUGUUGACAUCUAAUACUUACUUGAUAUUAUCUGAGGAUGAAUUAAAAACAAAAAACAUACUUGAUUGCACACACAUUUUUUUUGAUCAUAUUGUUAAACUCAUCAUCACUUCUAUAUAUUUAGUAUUAUUCUUCCUCAAUUUUUCCCACCUUGGCUAUUUAAUGUGAAUAAUAUUCGGAACAAAUGGAUGCAGACUGAAAGUUGACUCCUAUUUUAUAUUUCUGGUUGUGUAUGUUCUUUGUCGGUUGAUUACUUUGUGUGUUUUAUCUCAUAUGCAAUUCUUCUCUUCUUCCUCCCUAGAUACCUGAAUCCGUGAAGAACCUGAACAGCUUCCUACAUUGUGCUUUCUAAGGUUUGCUAAGAAGGGUUUGUUGGACAACUAAUGGAUUCUUCAUAAUCGUGAUUAGGUGAACUUUAAAAGACUUUAGUGUUUAGAUAUAGUAUUGUCAACAGACAGCCAUUGUACAGCUAACAAGAUGAAUGCCAUUAAGUGUGUACUGGUGGGUGAUUCUGCUGUAGGAAAGACUGCACUUCUUGUCCGAUUCACAUCUGAGGCUUUUCCAGACUCUUACAGGCCAACGGUCUAUGAAAAUACAGGUGUUGAUGUAUUUAUGGACGGUGUUCAGAUCAGCCUUGGACUUUGGGACACAGCAGGCAAUGAUGCUUUCAAAAGCAUCCGUCCUUUAUCGUUUCAGCAUGCGGACAUUGUCCUAUUGUGCUUCUCCGUGGCCAACCAUGCUUCUUUUUUGAAUGUGAGAAACAAGUGGAUUACUGAAGUUAGACAACACUUACCGAACAUUCCAGUGCUAGUGAUAGCAACUCAGACUGACCAAAGGGAAAUGGAUCAAAUGAGGAUACCAUGCAUUAACUCGAUGGAUGGAAAACAACUGGCUCGGGAUGUAAAAGCCAAAGGUUACUUGGAAUGUUCUGCUCUAAGCAACAGAGGGGUCCAGCAAGUGUUUGAGUGUGCAGUGAGGACAGCAGUCAAUCAGGCUAAAAAGAGAGCUAGAAGAAAACGGUUUUCUGUAAAUGAGUGCAAAAUUAUUUGAGUAUAUGGCGUGAUAUGUUUUGUCUACAUGGAGAUAAAUGUAUGUACUUCCUCAAAGAUCUUGAUUGAAACACUUCUCCAAUUGACUUCUAAUGAACAUUUUAUACGACUUGCAGUAAAACCGUCUUAACUUUUAAUUUAAUUUAUUACUACAUUCCCAAGCCUACGAAGGUGCUUAGAUUAUUUGUAUUCUACUUUGCACAGCUGAAAUAGGUUUUGACACCUAUGACCUAUCAAGAAGGCAACUAAAGUUUCUUUAAUAAUAAAGUGGGGGAAUAAAGUGACAAAAAAACUAUAAAAUGUAAAAAAACAAAUAUUUAUUAAUUUAAAUAUGUACAUAAGCAAUAGUACAAAAGCACAUCUGUUCUUUGUUUUAUGAGGACAGGAGCAUUAGUUUGAAAAUAAAUCGAGUCACUGGAGUUUUAGCCAGAGGGUUUGUUUGACACUUUUCAUUGAAACCUGAAAAGAUGCUAUGAUCAAAUCUGAAAAGGUCCCACAACAGCUUAACAUGUCCCUUACAUUUAUCUUGGCUAGAAUAUUUUGGAUUUCUACAAUUUCGGUGAUUUCUCACGGUUUCCUAGAAACAAUAAGUCUAUUGUGUAUUAUGUAGAAUGUUAUGUUCUAUUAGUUUUGUUUAUCUUAAAUCAGUAAAAGAAAGUCCAAAAAAUAUUUCUAAAAACUGAAGGUAUUUUGUUCACGCUAAUAAAACCAUUGAAAAUGUUUUUUUACCCCUAAGUGCCCAUUUCAUUUUAUAGUUAUUAUAUGCAUUUUUAUUUUGUCAAUGUAAUUUUGUUUGGGACAGUCAUUUGAAAUUGAAUUUUUUAAUUUAUAAAAAUAACAGUUGUUAACAAAAGUGAUAUAUUGUGAUUACUGUUGUUUUUUUUCUUGUGUUGCCUAAAUACGUAAAGAUGCAACGCAGAUCGCAAUGAUCUCCUACCUGAUGUAACUCGUAAACUGAUGCGAUAAAAUAAAUGUGCUCCAUUUUUCU